AUGAAUCUUAUUCGUCUAAGCAAGAUUUAUAUGAUGGUCUCCUUAAUACAUUGUUUCCAAUCACUUUUGUCAUUCUACUUAAUGUUAGAAAUAAAGAGAGAUCUAUUAAAAAUUAUUUAUUGCCAUUAUUAGACGACAUAUUAUAUAGCAUGGUUACUUGGGCGAUUCCACUAAUAGUUUCCUUUACUUAUGAAGACAC